UAUCUUUCAAAAAACACACCCUCUAGAAAGGGAGCUCGGGGAGGCGGUAGCCUAUAUUGUGGCUGCUCAUUACAGUUUUCGUACGCGACUCUCUUCCUAAACGUCAACGUGUGCAGCUGAAGGGAAGCAGGCUUUUUGCCGAUAGCCUUAGCAGCGAAACUAAAACUUCUCCGUACGAAAUCGAAAAUAAAAAGUGUGGUAACUGAGAAGCGUGCCACUCCUCAUACUUCGUUCAGAUUUAUCUACCUGUUGGGACCUGUCGGAAGUCUAUUUCUCUUUUCAGCGGGGCCGAAGCGAGGUAGCUGGUCGAAACCAAAGAAGGUCGUGCGGCAUUUAAUUUGAUGUGCUUUUUCACAUUCACGGACUAACCUAGGGGUAGAAAUGACCGCUGGCAACGAAAGGGCAGCUCGGGCUUUGAAAGAAAUCCUUCAGAAGCCAGGUAACCGCGCCUGCGCUGACUGCGGAGCACCUGACCCAGAAUGGGGCUCGUGUUCCCUGGGAGUGUUCAUCUGUUUGGGCUGCUCCGGAAUUCACCGGAACCUUCCAGACCUCGGCAAGGUCAAGUCCCUCAGUCUCUCCCGCUGGGAGGACUCUGAGGUGCAGUUCAUGGCACAGAACGGAAACGAAGCGAUGAAGGCAAAGUACGAGGCUGCAGUUCCAGUGUAUUACUACAAGCCCACCCACAAGGACUGCCAGGUACUAAGAGAGCAGUGGAUCAAAGCCAAGUAUGAAAGGGAAGAGUUUAUGGAGCUUGGGAAGAAGCUGACCUAUGAGGAAGGGAUGAGGGACGGCAUGCUGAUGAAGAGAGGACGGGACAACGGGCAGUUUUUGAGCAGGAGGUUCGUCCUCAACGAGAGGGAGGGAACGCUGAAGUACUACACCAAGUACGACGCCAAGGAGCCCAAAGCAGUGAUCAAGGUGGACACCAUAAACGCCAGCUUCCAGCCGGAGAAGAUCGGAAACCCCAACGGCCUCCAGAUCACCUACCUGAAGGACUACAACACCCGCAACAUCUUCCUGUACCACGAAAGUGGCAAGGAAAUCGUGGACUGGUUCAACUCCAUCCGAGCAGUUCAGCUCCACUACCUGGAAGUGGCUUUCCCAGGAGCGAGUAGUGUGGAGCUGAAACCCAAACUGACCAGGAACUUUUUGAAGGAGGGUUACAUGGAGAAGACAGGGCCAAGGCAAACGGAGGGCUUUAAGAAGCGAUGGUUCACCCUGGACCACCGACGGCUGAUGUACUACAAAGACCCCCUGGAUGCCUUCGCCAAGGGCGAGGUGUUCCUGGGCCACAGGGACCACGGUUACAGCACCAACUCCGGCCUGCCCCAGAACACCCACUGCAAUGGGGCGUGGCAGCACGGCAUCACCAUAGUGACGCCGGACCGCAGCUUCCUGUUCACCUGCGAGUCGGAGAGCGAGCAGCAGGAAUGGCUGACUCACUUCAAUUCCAUCAUCAGCACCGUGAUGACCCCGCAAGAGUACUCCAUGGAGGCUCUGUUCAGGCACAAACACUGACGGAUAUGAACACUACAACACAGUCUGCUCCUAUCCACCAGCGAUAAACCCUUCAGUAACAAACUGGCCUUCCUCACUGUCUUAGCCUUCAUCCCUGGCUAGCGAGAGACCGUCCAAUCACACCAGCCUGUGACACACGGGAGAAAAAACACAAUUCAAGCAGCAGCAGAGGUUCUGGGUAAUUGUGUGAUCUGAUUGAGCCUCUGCCUACCAAUGACUACAUUUCCCAGUGGGGUGCAUGAGUUUAUACGAACAUUUGCCAACAAUUGAACCGUUCAAACUUUUGUCUUUUUUCAUUUUGUUUUGUGUUUAGUUUUAUUGCCAGCCUUUGUUCUGGGAAUGUUUGCUGAUAAAAAGAAAGCAAAAUAAUUUUGAAUAGAUGUGCAGGGCAUUAUACCAAAUGUUGCAAAAUCUUUUUAUUUUUUAAAAAAAAUUUUUUAAUGAGUGCUUAAUGUAAAAUAUUAACGGUUCACCUUGGUGAAUGACGGUUCACCUCGGUGAAUGACGGGUCAC